UUUGAUUUUCAUUUUUGGGCCCAAAUAGUUUCUGCCUAAUGAGUGCAGUUCGGUUUCGAUUUGAGUGAGUUUCUAUGCGUGUACGCACAUCGGAAAAAUCGUAUAAAUACAGUCGUUCUGACUGCCAUCGAAGUUAGUUGAAUUUUCGGGAGAACCCGGUCGAAACAGUGCCCCCAGUGUCCAGUGAGAAGUGUCCGUGCCCCGUGCGAGUCAAUCAUUAAUCAUGAAUUUCACUUUAAUUUUGCUGAUUGCCUGUGCUACUUGCAUCCUGGCCGCACCCGCACCCGAAUCCGCGCCCGUGGCCGAAGAGCAGCAGCAGCAAGGAGCAGAGGAGGGCUCUGUGAAGGCCAAGCGUGGCCUGUCGCUCGGUCUGGGCUACCACGCCCCAUUGGUGACAUCCUCGCACUACGUUGCCGCACCGACUAUAGUACACCACGCACCAUUAAUUUCGCAUGCACCGCUCAUUUCGCAUGCACCACUCAUCUCGCAUGCACCGCUCAUCGCGCAUCCGGUGUCGUAUCACCUGCCCAGCUACCAUUCCAUCCACUCCCUCCACUCCUACCAUCACUUCUAAUGAACCCCAGAGUCGUGAGUGAGCAGCAGCAGCAGUAACAGCACCCACAAGAGCAGCAGCAGAGAUACUACACUUUUUCUUGGCAUUAGCACGAUUGGACUCCCUUUCGGGCUUUCUUUCCCUAAUGACCUGCUUUUGUACAUAAUCGUAUAAAUAAAUACAUGUGUUG